AUGUUCUUACCUUCUUACAGUUACAGUAAUGCUGUUAUUAUUAUGUUGAUGCUAUCACGAGCAGGAGCUUCGGCACAGAUACAAGAGAAAAUUGCUGCUCUUCCUGCAUGCUCCAACAAUUGCAUGAUCAGAGCGGCCACGAGUUCUGGGUGCGCACCAGAUGACUUCGGGUGCCAAUGUCAGAAGCAAGAUGAUCUCACCGGAAUCACUGGGGCUUCGCAGAAUGCAUGCUUGAUGGAAGAUUGCGGAGCUGCAAACACCAAUAACGCCCAGGAUGUUUUCCGACAGAUAUGCAGUCUACUCAAAGAUUCAACAUCGUCGUCUUCUACAGCACCCAACCCAACAAUCGAGCCUCGGUCUCUACGUCCGGCACAAACUUUCACUGUCCUUAUUCUAAGCUCUUCUGCUACAGCUGUGCCGCCAGAACCAACGCCCUUGUUAAACACAGCGAAUGUGUCUCCACCUCAAAUCACAGUCAGCCCGACACCCCCCACAUCCACCAUCGAGCAAGGACCCACUCCUUACCUGAGCUCGACCAUAAGUCCUGUAACGACAUUGAUGCCGACACCUUCAUCGCCUCCAACGUCUUCUGUCGUUACUCCGUUGGCGUUUGCUUCAGUAUUGUCUUCGAUCCUCGCCAACUCAACAACUCCAAUGCAAACACCAAAUGCCCAGUACUCUGCCUCGCCAACUUUACGGGCUGAAGGAGUGACCGCAUCGGCACCAAGCCCAUCGAUAGCUUCGGCGACAAAUUUCCCUCUUUCAGCGUCAUCAGAGUCGAUGAAUUCCUAUCAAACCGAAGCAAAUCAAUCGACACUCAUUGCCCAGCUCCAAAGCAACGCACGGCGCCUUCCAGCUCCCGCCAUCGCCGCCAUCGUGGUGGGUGUCUGCACCAUCGUCGCCCUCGCCGUCGUUUCUUUCGUGCUCUGGCGCCGCCGGAAGAUGGCGCGGACACCGCGUGUUCUGAGCUCGGCCUCCUCCAGAAAAUCCGGCGAAGAUAUCAUGAUAUUCUUAGAUAUCGAGAGAGAGAAAGAUGAAAGGGCCAAGAGCUCUGAGUCUCAAAGACCGAGUGGGAGAAGAGACGUUGAGAUGGGCUCAAUUCUCAUUGCCCAGCCCAGGAUGUCACCGCCAGUACCGGCCCGGCUCAACGAAGAGAGGGGUGGCUUAGGAGAUCCUUGA